GAGGCAGCAUUUAGCCGGAAGUGACACAGGCGCUACGCUGACGUCUACGCCAGUGUUUUUAAAAAGCGGCGGUUGCUUCUCCACCUUUUCGUGAAUGGAUAUCUACUUUAUCUUCGCCGCAGUCCCUCAGUGUUGUUAGAAAAAGUAAGAUCCUGCCCCAGGAUCAUGCACCAGCAGCAGUAUGCAGAGGGGAAAGGCCUUCUGGGCAAACUAUGUCCUGGGGAGAGGAAGCUGGCCGGAAAGAUCUUUUAUCUGGAUAAUGUGAAGAAACGUCCAACAGCACUGCUUUUGGAGGCCAUAUCUCUUCUAGGAGGGAGAAUUGAGAGUUUCCUACACAAGGACGUGAACUUUGUUGUGACUGGAAGUCAAGAGGGUCUGAAGGAAGAAAAGUGUAUUGAUCCCAAAGGACGGGUAAAGGGGACAAAUGUGGAGGUCCAGCAACCUAUUAAGCGGCAAGAGAGUGUCCUCAGCAGUGAAAAAAGGCAACCGCAACCAGGAACCCCUCGACCAGUGGCUUGUGGUAGUCGAGGGAAGGCUCUGCUUGAAAAAGCCAUUCGCAACAAUGAACGACUGCAGGGGAACAAUGUUUUGGCCAAUGCUCGAUCAUGGGGAGUGAAGAUUCUGUACGUGGAUGAUGUGCUUCUAUAUCUGAAACAAGUGAGUCGAGAGAGCGUCAGUGUGAAACACAAGAGGCAAGAGAGGACUUGCAGUAAACAACAAGGUUCUCCUGCUGUCAAAGCUGCAGCUUUAAGGUCUCCAUAUCUGAAGAUCGAAGACUUCAGCAAGAAAUAUAAGCCCUUGCAUAUGCAGGCUGUGACAUUCCCUUCACUGUGCUACUUGGGCCGAUUCAGUCCGUUUGAAUCCCCUCCCCCUCCCCUGUUUGAAAAACACACAGAAGAGGAAGGAGUGAUUAAGAGUGAGAAGAAACGUGUUGAAGGUAGUAUCCAGGACAAGUCCCUGACCCCUCUCAACUGUAACCCCUCACCGUGGCGGCCUCGCAAAAAGGACACAUCGUACUGUGAAUGCUGUCAUCAACCUUUCACUAAUCUGGAGGAGCACUUACACUCUGAUCAGCACCGCAAGUUUGUGCUGGAUCCUUCCAACUACACUGUGGUCGAUCAACUUGUUGCUGAAAUGGUUCCAGGAUUCAAUCCCAGUCCAUCUCAACAAUUGGAAGAAAUGUUGAUCAGACCACUAACUCCUUUACCUAUCCCGGAGGUCUGUGAACUGGAGCCUCUCACUGAUGGUGAGACAGAGCGUGCUGUUCAAGCCCUGCGCAUACAAAGUUUAUCAUUCAAUACUCUUACUGGGGGUCUUCCUUCUCUUGCCCCUGCCGUCCUAUCACCAGGAGAUCAGUGUCCCAUCCCAAAUUCAGCCACACCACCUGCUGACAUCAAUCCCACAGAAUGCCUUUUUCCUCCUGACAUCCAGCCCCGCGCUUCAAGCCCCACUAUGCCUGUAUUAGAUAUUGAACCGCCAGCCCACACCUCAACCAGCCAGCAGCUAACCCGUUGUUCAUCCCCCGACCCGUACUCCCUACCCCCAGUCCUCAGUCCACAAGUCCCUUAUUCCUCCUACAUUAUGGAGACAAACUGCCUGUACUCGGACCCUCCUGUCCUCAGUCCUCAGCCAUACUUUGCAGAGGAAACUGUGGAAGGAGUUGCUUGUGAAAUGGACACUGCAGAGAAUUUGUCUGAGUCUGUCCCGGCUGUCUCCAUCCCACUUCUUUCCUCUGAGGCUGUGACAAGAGCAGAACAAAUGAACCAGGAUAGCUUUUCCGUAUCAAGUGGGAUCAUGUUUUCUAGCAGCGGUGUGAAGCACGAGAAAUCUGAUUCAUGCCGAUCACGAUCUCUGCCUCGGUCGCCGACUACAGUGCAAAAUCCCAAAAAACGCUGUCGAUCUGACAGCGCUGAUCGUGUCCACAGCAAGAAGAGGAGUAGGAGGGCAGGAGUGACAUUUAACGAAUGUACAUGGACUGAAGAAGAGCAUAAAUCUAAAACGCCAGAAAGUGACACUAUGGCAAAAUCUGAUUUCCGUUUAGCAUAUGAUAUAAAACAGGAUUUGACCUCAUCAUGUCUUCCCUCUGUGCAGACAAUGGACAUUUUGGGUCAUAGUCACACGUCUGCCACAGUUUCUCCCUCAAAGUUAAAGACUUCUAAUCCUCCACUGCAGUUCAAGAAUGGAAAAUGUCCCAGUGGAUUUUCCAGUCAAGACUCUAGGCAUUCACUGUCCCACUCUACCUCAGUGUGCAUCGAUUCGACCUUCAUCCCAGAGUUGGCCAUGUUCUCGCCGUCAUCGUCAGACUCGGACUGGGAUUGUGACCUGCUGUCGCGGCUGGACACGGCCUCGGCCGCACCUCUGUCGCCCGCAGAGCAGAGCUGCGAGCUUAACAAAGAACUCCUCCACAAGCCUUGCACUUGGAUACACAACACCAGCUACGAGUCGUGUCUGCACACUGUCCUUCAGCCGCCAACGGCAGCAACAUCACGAGACAUGGACCCGUCGGUGUUCUCCAGGACGGUGGUGCAGAUUGUUGAAGUUCAGCACUGAUCUUUGUUUCUUUUUUUUAUGUAAGUUAAAUAAUUGGAAAAACCACUGCUGGAAGGCACAGAAUGGAGUACUAAGUCUUGGACAUUUCGGCUGUGUUUCCCACAUCAAGAAUGGGCAAUGGGCAGCACUUAAACCCUAUAAUAAGCCACUGACGUGUACAUUGAAUAAAUAUUUAAAAUUUAGUGCAAACUAAAAUGUAAUGCUCAGCUGUUUUUAGAAAAGCUUAUUUUUAUUCUCUGUGGUAGUAAGUGCAUAUUGGAUGUUGCGUAUGAAUUUAAAGAGCGUCCAUUAUCACCCCCCCAACUCUUCUUGGUGCACAGAACUCCAGCAAUAUCUGUAUGUUGUGCUGACUGAGGUCUUUCAGCAGCCAUGUCCGGGAACACACGGUCGUGCUGAGUAUUUAAUGAGGCUUUUCUGAAGGGGGCAUUACUCAAUUAGUGUAAGUGCAUCUUCUGGAUCAGAUCCCAACCGCACCAGCGCUGAUGGUCAAGCAGGCGAGACGAGGCAUAGAUGGAAUGGAAGCCUCGCACAACCUGUGAGGCAAACCGUGUCUGAUCUGAUCUCACAGCUUCUUUUUUUUUUUUUUUGUUAUUUUAGAGAGAUGAACAUUUUAGUCAUGUACAGCAGCUGAAAGGGGUUUAUGGUCUGCUCUCUGUUAGUUACCGUUAAAGCAACACUAUGCAACCUUUUACAUCAGACUUAUUAUGACGGGUCACAAACUUGUUUAUUCCCACUCUGCACACUUACUGCACUCUGUUCGUUUAGAGACUCAAAACGGCUACAAACAGUCCCAGCAAGGACAAUUAAAAACACUUUAGCCUCAUUUCCUCACGCAUAACUUGUAAAUGUACACAUACUUACUCACUUGACACUUCCCUCUCAUGUCAUGCUUCUGCAGAAUAUCUUUUGGUACUGCGUAAAAAUCAGUACAGCUUAGAGUGAUGCAGUGAAAUUUAGUAGCUUAAAGAGCAGGCUGUACUUAUGUGGUCACAUGCUGACGAUGGCAGAGUAAAUUAGAAGUUGUCAAAAAAGUUAAUAAAUUGAGGAUAAACGUCUUAAAAACGUCUGCUUUCACUGUGGCACGUUUGCUACAGUGAGAGAAUUUCCUGCAAAAGUUGCAUAGUGUUGCUUUUAAAGACUCAUCAUCGCAUACCAAAGAAAUAACACCACCUUUUGAAUUCAUUCAUUACAUGAAGGACACAGUAUCAUGUGAAGUGAAGUCUUGUACAUUAUUUUUAAAUAAAUGUUUUUAUCCUUA